UUUGUAUGCCUUAUGACUUUUAUUUGAAAAUCAGGCAUUUGAAAAAAAUAGCAACCUCUCCCAGUCCUUGGAAACCAGCUCUGUAUGGGGCAGUGCUUCACCAAUUGAGUCUGUGUGUUCUGAGCUGAAGGAUAUGCCCAAGAUAAAAGCUCAAAGUCCACUCAAGUCUUUUCUGAGAAUACCCCUUGCUUGGGCUUAUGUGUGGCUCUCUCAAUUCCUCCAUAAAUAUGGCUAUUUUUGAAUGUCUUAAAAUCCCAAAGAGUCUCAUUCCAGCUUUUCCUGAGGGACCUACAUGGUUUAUUGUGUCAUCUUUUGCCUCAGGUGCUCUGUAUAUACAAUCUUUCUGAAGCUUUCACAAACACUGACUCCUACUUUUUCCCUAGACUGAGAUUCGAGUUAGAUGAGAAAACUAGUCCUUUAGGAAGCUCCCAAAAUGGGUAUAACAUUGCCAGGAGGUUUGAUCUGCAGCUGGGAAUUUGGCUGCUGCCCCUUCUAGAUGAAGACUGUGCUGAGCCAGGAGGGAGUAGGGAAAUGGACCUGGGGAAAACUCAUUUCUGCUCUGUGUGGCAUCUUCUCCAUGUGAGUCAACUGGGAUUAGAAGAUCUACUCCCAAUAUGGCUCACUCAUUACUUACUGGACAGCAAGUUGAGGCUGGUUGUCUCCUAGGUGCUCAGUGGAGUUGUUGGCCAGACUCUUAGUUCUCCUCCAUGUUGCCUUUGCAGAUGGCUAGGUUGGGCUUCUUACCACACAGCAACCGAGUUCCGAAAGGAAGAGGUUUCACUUUCGAGAUUGCAGCAAAUAUGCCGCCCGUCCCUGGAGGAAACGACUGGAUUUGGACUAAUGAAAAAAGGAACGGUCAGCUGUUAUCAGAGUAAAUGAAGAGGGGAGAAACAUGAACCAGAGUUCAUCUUUUCAUAUCUACUUCUUUUGGGGACUGCUGUCCCUGUGGGUUCUCUGUACAUCCUCUACCCAUAAAUGUGUUAUUAGACAUGAAGUGGCUGACUGCAGUCAUCUGAAGUUGACUCAAGUGCCUGAUGACCUCCCGGCAAACAUAACAGUGUUGAAUCUCACCCAUAAUCAGCUCCGAAGAUUACCAGCUGCCAACUUUACAAGAUACAGACAACUUACUAUCUUGGAUGGAGGCUACAACUCCAUCUCAAAACUGGAGUCAGAAUUGUGCCAAAAACUCCCCCUGCUGGAAAUUUUGAACCUCCAACACAAUGAGCUAUCUCACCUUUCCGACCAAACUUUUGUCUUCUGCAUGAACUUGACAGAACUCCACCUAAUGUCCAAUUCCAUCAAGGAAAUUCAAAACAAUCCCUUUCAAAGCCUGAAGAAUUUAAUCAAAUUAGAUCUAUCUCAUAAUGGUUUGUCGUCUACCAAAUUAGGAAGUCAGCUCCAACUGGAAAAUCUCCAAGAGCUUCUGUUAUCAAAUAAUAAAAUUAAAGUACUGAGACCUGAAGAACUUGAUUUCCUCAGUAAUUCUUCUUUAAAAAAAUUAGAGUUGUCCUCAAAUCCAAUUAAAGAGUUCUCUCCAGGGUGUUUUCAUGCAAUUGGAAAAUUAUUUGGCCUCUCUCUGAACAAUGCUCAGCUGACCCCCAGCCUCACAGAGAAGCUUUGUUUGGAACUGUCAAACACAAGCAUUCAGAAUCUAUCCCUGAGCAACACCCAGCUGUACAGAACCAGCAAUAUGACUUUCUUUGGACUAAAGCACACGAAUCUCACCUUGCUUGAUCUUUCCCACAACAACUUAAAAGUGAUUGAGAACGAUUCCCUGGCUUGGCUUCCACAUCUAGAACAUUUCUUCCUGGAGUAUAAUAAUAUAGAACAUUUGUUUUCUCAUUCCUUUUAUGGGCUUCUCAACGUGAGAUACCUGGAUUUGCGACACUCUUUUGCUAAACAAAGCAUUUCCCUUGCGUCGCAGCCCAAGAUUGAUGAUUUUUCCUUUCAGUGGCUAGAACGUUUGGAGUAUCUUAACAUAGGGGACAACAACCUUCCAGGCAUCAAAAGCAAUAUGUUCACAGGAUUGAUCAAGCUAAAGCACUUAAGUCUCUCCAACUCCUUCGCAAGUUUGCGAACUUUAACCAAUGAAACAUUUUUGUCCCUCGCUCCGUCUCCUUUAGUCACACUCAAUCUAACCAAAAACAAAAUCUCAAAAAUAGAGAGUGGUGCUUUUUCUUGGUUGGGUCACCUACAGGUGCUCGACCUUGGCCUUAAUGAAAUCGGACAAGAGCUCACGGGCCAAGAAUGGAGAGGUCUAGAAAAUAUUGUUGAAAUCUACCUUUCCUACAACAAAUGCCUGCAACUGACUAGCAACUCUUUUGCCUUGGUCCCAAGCCUCCGACAACUGAUGCUCCGAAGAGUGGCCCUUAGAAAUGCGGACAGCUCCCCUUCACCUUUUCAUCCUCUUCGGAACUUGACUAUCCUGGAUCUAAGCAACAACAAUAUAGCCAACAUAAAUGCUGAACUGUUGGAGGGUCUUGAGAAACUAGAAGUUCUGGAUUUGCAGCAUAACAACUUAGCAAGGCUAUGGAAACAUGCAAACCCCAGUGGUCCUGUUCAUUUUCUAAAGGGUCUUUCUCACCUCCACAUUCUUAACUUAGAGUCUAAUGGCUUUGAUGAGAUCCCAGCAGAGGCAUUCAAGGACUUGCUUGAAUUAAAGAGAAUUGAUUUAGGAUUGAAUAACUUAAACAUAUUUCCACCAUCUGUCUUUGAUGAUCAGGCAUCUCUAAAGUCAUUGAACCUUCAGAAGAAUCUCAUAACAUCAGUUGAGAAGAACGUCUUUGGGCCAGUCUUCAGGAACCUAAGUAAUUUAGAUAUGAGCUUUAAUCCAUUUGAUUGUACCUGUGAAAGUAUCGCCUGGUUCGUCAAUUGGAUUAACAAGACCCAUACCAACAUUUCUGAGCUAUCAAGCCAUUACCUCUGCAAUACUCCCCCUCAAUAUCAUGGUUUCCCCGUCAUGCUUUUUGAUGUAUCACCCUGCAAAGACAGUGCCCCCUUUGAACUCUUUUUCAUAAUAAAUACCAGUGUCUCAUUGAUUUUUAUCUUCAUUGUACUGCUCAUCCAUUUUGAAGGCUGGAGGAUAUCUUUUUAUUGGAAUGUUUUAGUGCAUCGAAUUCUUGGUUUCAAAGAAAUAGACAGACAGCCAGAGCAGUUUGAAUAUGCAGCUUAUAUAAUUCAUGCCUAUAAAGAUCGGGAUUGGGUCUGGGAACACUUCUCUCCAAUGGAGGAAAAAGAUCGAACUCUCAAAUUUUGUCUCGAAGAGAGGGACUUUAAGGCAGGUGUCCUUGAACUUGAAUCAAUUGUUAAUAGCAUCAAAAGAAGCAGAAAAACUAUUUUUGUUAUAACACAGAAUCUAUUAAAAGAUCCAUUAUGCAAAAGAUUCAAGGUGCACCAGGCAGUUCAACAAGCUAUUGAACAAAAUCUGGAUUCCAUUAUAUUGAUCUUUCUUGAGGAAAUUCCAGAUUAUAAACUGAACCACGCACUCUGUUUGCGAAGAGGGAUGUUUAAAUCUCACUGCAUCUUGAACUGGCCAGUUCAGAAAGAACGGGUAAACGCCUUUCAUCAUAAAUUGCAAGUAGCACUUGGAUCCAGAAAUUCAACACAUUAAAUUUAUUUCAAGACUAAGGUAACAGAGGAGUAACUUUCCUAACUUAAAAAGUUUUGCGGUCAAUUUAGGUUUUAUUUGAAAAUAAUGUUGAACUGUUUAUUCAUUUUUAGAGAGUAUUGUCCCACGAUUCUGUCUCUUCUCUCUCUCUAUUGCCGGUCUUUUAUCACCAGCUGAGUUAAUUGGACCCAAAAUAAACAUAUAAGAAUAUCUUCUACAAGUGAAUGCACAGUUGGUUACUGAGGUCUAAGACAACUUUAAAAAGUUUUAAAACAUUCCUCAUUUAAAGAAAAUAUAGAAUUAUGAGAAGGUUUCUGACCAUUACAUUUGGAUUUUUUUUGGAUGCACUCAUAGUAGAAUAAGAGAUAAUGGUUUUAGUGGAUACAAUAUUAUUUCAACUGAAAAGAGUACAUUUAAUAUACAUACCCCAAUUUUUGAAAGCUUAGGUGUAGUAUUUUUUCAAUUGGAAGGCUUUUAUUUUAGUGGUGCCUGUCUCACUGUCGAUUUUGUGAAGUUUUAAAUCCCAUUUUAAUAUACAGAUUCAUGGUCAGAAAACAUUUGCAGUGCAUUUUGAUCACUUAGUAAAAUAAAUAUUUUAAUAAACACUUAUUUAUAUUUUCCUGAUAUUUGGGCUUCUGCCAUAGGUGUUAGAAGAAACAAUUCUCUUAUUUAGAAGUAGUACCCAAAAA